CUAAGGGGGCGGCCCGUGAGGUUGGGGAUGGGGAUGGGGAUGAGGGAUGAGGGGUGGCGUCUUUCUUACGCAGUGUGUUUUGGUAUUAGGGGUGCGUUGUAUAGGAAUUAGAGGGAUGGAUUGAUAUUGUAGAAUCGGAUCAUUACUUGUGUAUAUCUUAAGAUACCUUUGCCCAGCAGAAGAAUACAGGCGGAAAAGAGAACAAUAAUUAUGCCCGACCUGCACAACCAUUUAUGCACACAUCCCCCCCGCCAGUCGUCGUCAGCUCCCUCCCCGUAUCUCCCAUAUUUAGGCGUCCGCUUCACCAUGCGGCUCUCCGGUCCGCCGCAAUACGGGCUAAUAGCAGCAGGAGGGCGCGCGACCAGCGUCUCUGCCAAGAGUCUUGGCGUCUGCUUUGGGACAACGCCGGCUUAUCUGAUCAAGCCACCCCCGGAGAGCGACGACUCGCUGGUUCCGACGAGAAACAGACGCAUUAUUCUACUGAGCGAGAGAGAGAGAGGGAGAGAAACUUCACCGACCUCUCAUCUCUCGUCUCUCAUCUCUCGUUUCGGCCACUCCGGAUUCCUCCUCUUCCUCCUCUUCGCCCAUUCUCACUUGUUAUUGUCUCGUACCCCAUUAUUCGACCUCGAACUUCUCACCAUUCCUUCAGUCUUCUUGUCUUGUUGUUCUCUCUCUGCUUCGGCGCCUCGGACCUCACGUAUUAUGCUCUCCUAGCUGACGCCGCCCGCCUCCCUUUGUUUGCCCCGACCACAUUCGUUCAUUCAUUCAGAGCCCUCUUUAUCCGUUUCCCCUCACCUAUCUAUCUAUCUAUUCGAUAUCUCCACAGUGACAUUCCAGUGAC